GAGGCGCUGGGCAGCUGGGAGGGAGCAGGACAAGGCUCCCGCUCAGGCGGGGUAUGAGGAGGUGCACAGGGUGGUUGUCAGGACAUGGUGUGGGGCCGGGUAAAGGGUUGUGUCAAGGCUGACGGGGGGUCCUGGGGGAGAGGUGGGUGUGAGGGAUGUCGGGCCAGCGGUGGGUGCUGGCAAGGAGUGGUACCCGGCCCGGGUAGAGCCGCCGUGGCCUGAGCCUGCCUGUCCUCCCCUCUAGGAUGCAGCGGUGGCCAGUGGUGCUCUUCCUGGCCUGGGUUUGCUUUCUCUUUUUUGCCGGCAUCGGACUCUUCAUGAGCGGCUUCCUGCUCACCCGGAUCGAGCUCGCCAGCAGCAGCUCCUGCUCCGACCCGCUUGUGCCGCCGCCCUGGGAGGGGCAGAGCCUCCCGCCGGGCUCCUGCUGGGCGCCCCAGCGCUUCUCCAAGGCCGUGCUCGUCAUCAUCGACGCCCUGCGCUUCGAGUUCGCCCGCUUCGACCCCAGCAAGGCCAGCCCGCUGCCCUACGAGAACAAGCUAGGGGUGUUGCACCACCUGGCCACCUCCCAGCCCCGGCACGCCCGGCUCUACCGCUUCCGGGCCGACCCUCCCACCGCCACCAUGCAGCGCAUCAAGGGCCUCACCACCGGGUCACUGCCCACCUUCAUCGACGUGGGCAGCAACUUUGCCUCCUACGCCAUCCAGGAGGACAACCUGCUGGCACAGCUGGUGCAGAACGGAAGGAGAGUCAUCUUCAUGGGUGAUGACACAUGGGAAGGACUCUUCCCAAAGAAGUUUUUCCGCUCGUAUUUCUUCCCUUCUUUUAACGUGAAGGAUCUUCACACUGUGGAUGAUGGGAUCCUGCAGCAUCUCUAUCCAACUGUGGACAGUGGAGAAUGGGACAUGCUAAUUGCUCACUUCCUUGGAGUGGACCACUGUGGGCACAAACACGGACCCGACCACCCCGAGAUGGCCAAGAAGCUCACCCAGAUGAAUGAGAUGCUCAGGUCCUUGGUGGAUCACCUGGGGAAUGACACCCUUCUUCUGGUGGCUGGGGACCAUGGCAUGACAGAGACUGGAGACCACGGUGGCGACAGCGAGAAGGAAGUGAACGCAGCACUGUUUGUGUACAGCAGGACACCCCUGUUUGGCAGUGGCCCUCCAGAGGAGCCUGAGACCAUUCCCCAGGUGAACCUGGUGCCCACUGUGGCCCUACUGCUGGGUGUGCCCAUCCCCUACAGCAACAUUGGGGAGGUGAUGGCUGAGCUGUUCUCCGGGGACGGUGACACUGUGUCUGCAGCCUUGCAGCAGCUCUCGGUCUAUCACAUCAACGCCAAGCAGGUGGAUCGCUUCCUGCACUCCUACUCGCUGGUGGCUCAGGACCUGCCAGCAGAGCAGCUCCAGCACCUGCAGGAGCUUUUCUCCAGCACCGUGGAGGAGCACACUCAGGUCUUGGCCGAGGUGCAAGGAACAACGCUGGUGCCUCCAGAGCUGGAGUCCAGGCUGGGAAGCCUCAUUGGUCGCUUCCAGCUCUACCUGCGGGAGGCACGAGCUGUGUGCACCCAGUCCUGGGCCCGCUUCCAUCCCCUGCGUAUGGUGGGGGGCUGCAUCCUUGUUGCGGCUUCCUGCUUGCUCUGCUACAUGGCCUCAGAGUUGGCCGCAUCCUCGGACUCCUUCUAUCGCAGCUGCCUGCUGUACCCGCUGCUCUGGGGCCUCAUGGGGGCUGCUCUGCUUGGGCUGGCCCACAUUUUCACCCAGGAGGGGCUGGACCUUCUCCUGGUGUCGUCAUGGGCAGCCGCUGCUUCUCAGAUGGGAUUUUUCUGGCACUGGUGGGUCCAGCAUCCCAAGAGGGCCCGUUUGGUGGGCAGUCAGCCACCCUUGGCCAGCAGUGGCCUGAGGCAGAGGCUGCGAGCAUGGCUGGGGCUGGCCUUUCCCAUGGGCAUCCUGUUCUUCCGCUGUGGAGCCAUGUUCUCCGACAGCUUUGUCGUGGCUGAGGCGCGGGUUGCCCCGUUCCUGCUGGCCUCGCUGGUCAUGUUGCUGGUAGGGAAGCUCCAUUGGGAUGGUCACUUGACUGUGCCAGAAAGCCCCAAGCAGCAGCUCCUUGGCUUUUCCUCUUACCGGAAGGAUAUCUGGUACUUGCUGUGCCUCGUGGCCGUGCUCCUGGUCUGCGUGCGCCUCUCCGGUUUCUUCCACCAGUGCCGCGAAGAAAUUCCUCAGUGCCGGCCCUCUCUUUUCCUCUCCCCCCUUGCCAGCCUGAGAAACACACGGGCCAAGAACCUCUUCUACCUCCUGUGCGUGGCCUUGCUGGCCGGGCUAGUGUAUGCAGUGCGGAGCUGGCUGCGGCACUACGGCAACCUGAACAGCUCGGACCCCCUCGUGCUCUUUGUGCGCUGGGGCUUCCCGCUGGUGGUGCUCUGCAUUGCCUGCUACUGGGCUGUGGCCUCCAGCACCGACGACUCCCUGGGCAAGCUGCAGGAGCUGGUGCAGGUGGCAGUUGUUGCCUUUCCGUGGGCUGUCUAUGGACUGGCGUCCGUGGGACUGCUGCUCCUGCUGUGCAAUCCCAUGACAGUGUUUGCAAAGGACACACGGGAGUCAGCAGGAUCCAUUGUCACUCCCUACCUGGGGGUUCCCAGCUCCGAAGUCGACUUCCUCCACGUCAUCCCUCAGAUCUACAAGAGGAUGCAGGAGUCCCAGAAGAGCAGGUUGGAGCGAGGCAGCUGCAGGGCCACAGUUGCAGCGUAUGGGCUGGGCAGUGUGUACUCGGCAGCCCUGGUCAUAGCCCUCACCCUCCUGGGCUUCCUCCUGAUGCUCCUGCACAGCGAGCGCCUGAGCUUUGCCUUCCUGCUCCUCUUCCUGGAGGCCUUUGUGCUGCUGCACAUCCACACGUGUGCCAGAGGCCUUGCUGGAGAUGCUGGCCACCAGCCCAUCUUCCCAGCCAUCCACUGGAAUGCAGCCUUUGUCGGCUUCCACCUUGACCACAGCACGAACCUCCUGCCUGCUGUCCUGGUGGGCGCCAACACCUUUGCCUCCCAUAUCCUCUUUGCAGUUGGCUGCCCCCUGCUCCUGCUCUGGCCCUUUGUGUGUGAGAUGCCCAACUCACAGAGGAAGAAGCCCAAGAAAGAGUCACGUGAGGAGCUGCAGGAGGUGGAGGAGCACAUGAUGGAGAUGAGGCUGCGGGAGUCUCCGGAGAAGUUCUCCGCUGCACUGUUGCAGCUGGGGCUGAAGUACCUCUUUGUGCUUGGGACACAGCUUCUGGCAUGUGUUUGUGCAGCUAUGAUCCUCAGGAGGCACCUCAUGGUCUGGAAGGUCUUUGCCCCCAAGUUCCUCUUCGAGUCGCUGGGCUUCGUGGUGAGCAGCAUCUGCCUCUUGCUGGGGAUCUCCCUAGUGAUGCGCGUGGACUGCGCCGUCAGCACCUGGUUCAGCCAGCUCCGGCUCAGGUAGCGCCGGAGACAUGGGGAUCCUGACCUGCUCGUCGGCCCAGGCUGUGUUUGUCCCCUUGCCUCCCUCGGGCUGGGAGGGAUACAUGAGCCGCCAGCAACGAGUGCCUGCCGGCAGCAGUCAGGGAUUAUCCCCUGCUCCCUGCCUCUGCGCUGUAGAAAAGGACCGGAGUCAACUGUUCCUCGCUCAUGGCGGGGGUGUUUCUCAGCAGGGGAGUUCAGAGCUCUUGCUGGGCCUUUGCUGGCAGCAGGAGGACUCUGCUGCAGGAGCCCAAGACACAAAGAGUCCUGGAGCGCUCCUCUGGAGAAACACCAAUGGGGAUCUUGCUGCUGCUUUCCUGACAACUGUCUCCACUGUGCAGCUGGAAGGCUUCAGUGGCCAACAGGAUGUCACGUUGCCUGUGCAAAGGCUCAUAGGAUGGGGCCUGCUGAGGAGGGAAGAGAAGGUGGGGAGGAGAGGGAAUGUCCCACAGCCACGUGUUCAGUUUUCACACUGGAAUCAAAGUGUAAGUGGUUACAUGUGCAGAUGGCUCCCAGGGCCUCAGUGGCAGCUGCUCCUCUGUAAAGUCAGUCAGUUGCUCUGUAGUGAGGCCUUUCCUGCCCUACACUCACUCCUGUUUUCCUGGUGCUCCACAGCCCUAUGAAGGGCAGUGGAGAGCACUCUGGGCUGCCUUGUACAGCCUGAAGAGGGCUUAGCUUGGGGCAGUGGUAGCAGGGAGAACUGUGUCCAUGACCAAGAAGCUCUCCACUCGUGUUCUCAGCCUGUCAGGGUUCCCGUGGGCUGGGUGGUAGCAGCAAAGGCUCCUGCUGAAUGCUGGCUGUUAAUUGUGAAUGGUUAAGAUAGAGAGGAUGUAGUGACAGAAUAUGGGCUCACCCCCAUAUUGGGCCUGGCCAGGAGGAAAGAGGAGCCCAGAGUAGCUGUCCCAACUGCAGGAGUGGCCUUGGUGUGAGCUCCAGUGCCUGGGAACAGCUGCUUGAAAGCCCUGAGCAGGCACCAGUUCUUGAAAGAGGUGGUUUAAUUCACUGGUGUCUGUGUAUGUGCUUGGGCUUAUGGGCUCUAGGCACUGCAGCCAGUUGCAUCCAUCAUCCUGUGUUUGGUACUUCUCUCCCUCUUGGCCUUGGCAUUCUCUGUGGGACUUCAUGCCACAAGUGAGCUACCCCAAACUGCCCUUGGCUGCAUGGUGUUUCUUUCUUUAUGCGCACAGGUAGAGGACAGUGACCAUGAUGUGUGGCCACAUCCCAGCCAAGUUCCUCCUGCAGUUUUCAUUGGAGCUGGGAUUCCUUACUGCCCUGAACCACUGUGUGGCAUUACCUGGUGCUAUGAAACCUUUUGUCUCUUUUCCCUCUGGAAAGAGCUGAGGACUGCUUGCCUGGGAUUUUUGUAUUGAUGUUUGUCUGAUCCCAUUAAUUUUUAACUCAUGCAUCAUGACUGCCCCUGUUUGAAUUCCUUACUGCAGACUGUUAGUGUAACUCCAGGCUCUUCCUCUCCUCUGCCCUGGAGAGUCCCAGGGAAAAUGUCUUGUCACCUCUCUCAUCCUUUGAGUUCUUGCCGUUUUUCCCAAGUGUCCAGUUGCUGUGGAAAAUGGCUCUUUAGGGCAGGUUGAGUUUUGUAUUUUACCCCUGCAAAAUGCCUGCUCAGUUGUUAGGGUGCAGUUCUGGCAAGGCUUAAACGGCUCUAAUUUUGGGUUUCCAUUGCCUGACCUGAGUUGCUGGGUGUGCUCUCCUGUGUCAGCCUCUCCUUUGCCCUGGGAGCCCGUCCUGCUCAAUUUCACCUGACUGAGCCAGGGACUGGUUUGUAGCUGGCAUCGCUCCCUGGGCUGCCUCACUGCCUGGAUGCAUGACACUGAUACUAGGAACAGGCAAGGGGUAGCAGCGUAGUGGGGGAAGCUGGAAGCUGCAGAAACACAUCAGCCCACAGUUAGAUGGGUUUAGGCAAUCCCACCCUCAGAAGUAGGUUAUUUGCUGUAAACUGUGACUCCUUGGCCAUAUGUUCUCUGCUGAGGGGUGAGGGGUACACCCAUGUGCAGAGGAGGAAGGGGGUGGAGGUAGCAGCUACCCAGUGUUCAUUUAAUGUGAAGUUAGUCUGGAUAACAUGUUGCUAAACCCCAAGGCUGGAGCCCAAAUAGGUCGUCUUGUGACCCUGUAACCUGGUCAGGAGCUUGCUGCCCUGCGUGUAUUUGUGCUGGCAAGAAUCCUUGUGGUCACUGAUAGUGUAGAACUGGCCCCUGACAUCCCUGCCGCUGCCACCCAGGCCCCUGGGCUCCCAUCUCUGGGUCUAGUUCCUCUUUCACUGGCCACUCCAAGGCAGCUGAGCCUUUCCAUGCCCAUUGUUCAUGGUUGGAAUACUCACAGGGUGCUUGGGCAUCCUUCCUCAUUACUCCAUGUGGCUGUGGGCUUAUGUUCCCGGGGCACCAGGGAGAGCAGAGGGAACAGCAGCGCUGUAGUGUCAUCGAAGCACACACACUUAUCUUAACAGAGACUAAACAAAACUUUCAGUAACAGAGCUGCAGGUACAUUCCUGUCACUGCAGAGAUGCCACGGAGUGCUGGCUGCUUGGCCACGACAGACUGGCUGCUACACCAAAGAUUUCAGGUUCACGAAGACAAGUUUUCCAAGGGCUGGAGAUGCUCUUGCUUCCCUUCAUUGACUCUUUUAGUCUUUGUCAGCCUUCCCCAGCUGCCCUUGAGCUGAUUGAUGGUCUGCCAUUCUCCUGAGCCUGCUGGGGAUUACAGAGUUAAUGCUGGUCCAGGGCUUGGCGACCUUGGAAGCAGAGCAAGCUGCUGAUGCUCGAGCAGACAGGGCUGAUUUAAAACCACAAGAGCAAGCUGCCUGCUGGUCCAAACCAGGGCUCUUUGGGAAACUUGGCAUGCUGGGGAGUAGGCUCUGCCCAACAUCCUUUCGAAGGAGCCUGCUCCUGUCAUAGGAGCCUGCUCGUCUCUCCUGGAGGAGUUAUUCCAAGUGGUUUGUUUCUUGACCCUAUGUCCCUUGGCUGAGCAUGGCAGGGGACAGAGUGCUCAACGGAGUAGUUUCCAUCCUGCGCUCCACAAUCCUGCUGCACUUUGGGCUUUGCAUGUGUUGUGCUUGUGUUCCUUGGCAGGGGAGAGCUCCAUUGGGAAACUUCCCUGGCUCAGGGCCAUGGUGAACAGUGUGUCCCAUGGUCCUGGCACAGGUCAGGGAUUGAACUGUGUCUUUUUUGUGCUGCUUGGAAAACGGUGACUGAAAGCCACUACCACUGUGAAGAGUUGGGGGUGUUGGGAGCAUCCCACUGCUCUGAUCUGUGGGGCUGACAUGGUCCCAAGGGAUGGCACUGCUUUGGGGAGGCCAGGGCUCUGUUCCCACACCCAUUCCUCUGUCCCAUCUCUGUUCUUCCCUCAACACUUCAGGCUGCUUUUUUAUGCCAAGGCACAGUCCCAGUCUCAGUGUGCAUGUUCCCCCUUCCCCUUGGGAAGCAGCAGUGCCAGUGUGUGGGGAACAGGGCUGGGGGGUGCUGCUCACUCCUCAACCCUGACUCGACAUGCAACAUGGCUUGGAGCAAGAUUGUUUUAUUUUUUAUUAACCUCUGUGUGCCUCAGUCCCUCAUUUGGGGAAAAAAAUAAAAGGGGAUGGACCCAGUUGUGGAAAGCAUCCUGGGAGCUCUGCAUGCAGCGUGGUGCUACACUUUCCUGGGUAUCUACACAUCUGGCUGUCGACGCUUUCAUUCACAUCCAGCAGCUACACCUGGAAGGUGGAAGCGAUGCUUGAGUCUCUGCUGGGAGGCAGAGCCUUUUUUCUUCCAAAAACCCCUCCAAAACAGGCAAGUGGGCAGCGCUCCUUCGCUCGGCAACUGCAGCCCUUGUGAUGGGUGUCCUACGUCCAGCAGUGCUGGGUGCAGCAUCACCGACCGCGGGGGGCACCCAGGGAGGGGUCACUCCGUUAAUAAAUGAUCUAAUUAAUUAAUUAAGUGAGGAGUGGGGGAGGUGUGCGUGGAGAUUUGCUGUCCGAGGGUGGCACGGGGCUCCGGGCGACUGUGAAGCUGAUGAUGUCUGCAAAUAAAACCGUGAGAGCCAA